GUUUGCUGCCACUCGUUGGAUUUUUGGUCUGGUCCCACGUCAUCUGAAGAAGUUGUGAGAAAAACAACAACAAAUUACAACAUGGCAAAGCUCGUAUUGCUUACAGCCUUGUGUCUGGUGCUUGUCCAGCUGGCAUACACAAGCAGAAUGGAGUGCUAUUUCACCAACUGGUCUCAGUACAGGCCUGGUGAUGGCAAAUUCCUGCCACAAAACGUAGACCCCUUUCUGUGUACCAGUCUGAUCUAUGCCUUUUCCAUCAUCAAUCACGCCAACGAGCUGGUAACCUAUGAGUGGAACGACGAUGUCCUCUACAAGGCCUUCAACGACCUGAAGCUGAAGAAUCCUCACUUGAAGACUCUGCUGGCUGUCGGUGGCUGGAACUUUGGCUCCACUCAGUUUUCCAUCAUGGUGUCCACACCAGAAAACCGUCAGAAGUUCAUCCAGUCUUCAGUCAAAUUCCUGAGGCUUCAUGGAUUUGAUGGACUGGAUCUGGACUGGGAGUACCCAGGUGCCCGUGGAAGCCCCCCUGAGGAUAAGCAGAAGUUUACUUUUCUCUGCAGGGAACUUGCUGCAGCUUUUGCCGCAGAGGCUGCAGCCACAGGUAAACCUCGGCUCAUGCUGACUGCUGCAGUGCCUGCUGGAAAGGGAACCAUCGAUGGUGGAUUCGAGGUCGCUGAGGUUGCCAGGGAAUUGGACUUCAUCAAUGUCAUGACCUAUGACUUCCAUGGAACUUGGGAGACGUUCACUGGCCAUAACAGCCCACUGUACCAAGGAUCUGAGGAUUCAGGCGACCUCAUCUAUUUCAAUACUGACUACGCAAUGAGGUACUGGAAAGACAAUGGCGCCCCAUUGGAGAAGCUGAGAAUGGGAUUCGCAGCCUACGGUCGUACCUUCCGCCUAACAUCAUCAAACACAAGUGUUGGAGCCCCUGCUAGUGGACCCGCUUCAGCCGGACCAUACACCCGUGAAGCUGGAUUCUGGUCCUACUAUGAAAUCUGCAACUUCUUGAAGGACACCACCAUCCAAUGGAUCGAUGACCAGAAAGUUCCAUAUGCAACUAAAAACAAUGAGUGGGUAGGAUUUGACAACAAGGAAAGCUACAGGACCAAGGUCAACUACCUGCAGGAGCAGAAGUUUGGUGGAGCCUUUGUUUGGGCCCUUGAUUUAGACGACUUUUCUGGAAAAUUCUGUGGCGAAGGAAGCCACCCUCUACUGUCCCAUCUCCGCAGUCUUCUCAAUAUCGAGCUUCCACCAAUGCCCUCAACCACCACCGCCAAGCCUGGCGCUAGCACUACGUCUACAACCACCACCACCACCACCACUACACAUGCUCCGGGAUCUGGCUACUGCAACGGCAAGCCUGAUGGCCUCUAUGCCCACCCCGACGAGAGGGCCAAGUUCUACAUGUGCGCUGGAGGCACCACGUACGAGCGGAUCUGCGGAACCGGAUCCGUCUUCGAUGAUGGCUGCAAGUGCUGUGCUUGGCCUUGAGUGUUCAGUGGCAGCGAUGUAAAAUGUAGCUCAAACCAACAAUCAAAAAGACUUCAAAUCUCCUCUUUCAUUCAUUGUUUGUAAAAGCAUGUACUUACCUUUAUUAUAACUUGAUGCAGAAAAAAAAUAAUGUAGUUUUGGGAAAAUAUGUGAUGAAAAAUAAAAUUUGCCAACAAACAGCUAUCAGAAACUACCUUGGUACCCCUGACUACAUUAUUGAGAGCUGUCAAAAAUACAUGUUAUUCGAAAUAAAGUAAUAAAAACAUUA